AUGUUGCCCAAGCACAACCUUAGAUCAGUCAGCUCGGCAGUUCGGCAGCAACCUUGCAAAUAUCUCUCCGGCACAUCAACUUGUUUUGCCUCGGCGUCAAACGAAUCAGCUCGACAUCGAAAUGUUUGGCUCGUCAUCGAAACCAGUCGGCUCAUCAAGCAGAUUUUCAAAGGAAUUGGUUCGUCAUCAGCAAGGUCGGCUCAUCAUCAGCACGCUUGGUUCGUCAACGGAUCAAGAUCAACAGAUUUACUAAAUUUAGGAGUGUGUCUAGCUGACGAAGCAGAGUAUAGCGAAGAUGUUGGCUCGUCGAUAAUCAACCUCCGUGCAAAAUCCGUGCGAACCAUCUCCCGUGCAAAUACUGUGCCGAGCCCACUUGGUGUGAUUAUCAGCUCUUUCAGACGAGCCGACAAGCCAAUAUUCGACGAGCCAAAGACCGAUCGAUUAAGACGGCUCGUCACCAAAAAUCUCCGUGCAAAUAUCGUACGAAACCUCCUCCGUGCAAAUAUCGUGCCGAGCCGAAUCCUGUGCUAG